AUGGGAGACGCUCAGUCUGCGCAACGGGAGGACAAGAAGGAUGCAGCGGCGGCGGAGGAGGAGGAGAGCGGAAAAGUGGAUGAUGCUCAGCAGAAUAUUGAAGACGAGCCUCUCAAAAAACACAGGCAGAUCCCUGAGAUCAAUGGACAAGCAGACGGCGCUAUAGCAGAAGUAAAUGGUCACUGUGAGGAUGAGAUUGCUGCAGAGGCUAUCAUUUCACCCGAUGAAGAGGUUUCAAGAACAGAAAACCAACUUAAAGAUGAAGAAACACCAUUAAAUGUUGAAAUUAUUGAAAAUGAAUCCCCUAAUGAAGCGGAUGCUGAUGAAGUUGGACCCCUGGAAACAACUGAAAUGGAUGCAAAGCAGAAUGACAUUAAUGAAAGUUUUAGGAGAUUUUUCAGUAACAUUGGUUUAAAAUUGACAGUGAAGAGGGGCUCAGUAGAUAUCGCAACAGAUGUGCCUGAUAAGAACAACAAGAAAGAACCAAACAGGGCAGAAGACGCAGAGAAUACCACAAAGGAAAAUACAAGUGAUAAUGUUGAACAGAAUACUGAUGUUAACAUUGUACAGGAGAUGUGUGAUAAUGAUUCAACAACAUGUCCUACCCUGACUGACGUUACAUCGGAGGGUGUUCUGGAAACAGCAGAGGAGAAAGCAUUAGAAUCCAAAGAGGAAGUUGAACCUGAUAAUAUAGAUGCAGCAACCACUUCACCUGUAGGAGAACAUGAACAUACAGAUGCCACACCUGAAAAAGAGCCAGAUUCAACAUCACCAUCUAGUCCUAAAGAGGAAGUAGUUGUAUCUCCAAUUAAAAGAUUUUUCACAACUGGAAUCUUUUCUGGACUACGGAAGAAAAAGAAGGCCGCAGAAGUUGAAACAACUGAUAAGGAAUUGACAGACAUGGAGAAACAGGAAGUCGAAGAAGCAACAGAACAAACUGUACAAGACCAACAGCAAGGUAUAGAGGAGAUCAGUCUGGGUGUUGAGGCAGCUGCAGUUGAGACAGAACAUAAAGAAAAUGAACUUAAAGGGGAAAGCCAGCCUGCAACAAUAACUCAGAAGACAGAUGCAUCUACCAUAGAUACUAUAGCCAUUAUUGUCAAUGAACCUGACAUUCUUACUUCUCAAGAAAAGGACAAAGUUCAAGCAAGUCCUUUAAAAAGACUGCUGUCAGGGGGUAGUUUAAAAAGACUAUCCAAAAAGCAAAGGAGCAGAAGAUCAAGUGAUGCAAAGCUGUCUGACUCUGGAGAACAUGUUUCAGAUCAACUCUUAUCAUCUACCGAGUCUGCUGAGAAUCAAAAAGAAGUGUGUGCACAACCAUCUGCAGAAGCAGCAGCAGAGGAGGAUGGCGCAUGGGCUUCCUUCAAAAAACUUAUGACUCCAAAAAAGCUCAUCAAGAGAUCCUCCUUGAGUAACGAAGACACACAAAUCCCAGCUUCAACAGAACCAAAACCAAGUGAAGGAGGGCAAGUAUCAGAUCACAGCACAGAUGAAGGCAAAAAACGAAAAGACUCGUCUGUUUCUUGGGAAUCUGUUUUGUGCGGAUCCGGAAAGAAAAGAAGCCGAAAAACAUCAGACUCUGAGGAAGAAUCCCCUCAAAUUGAUAACGAAAUUAACAAGCAAGAUGGUGGAUGUAAAAAUGGUGCAGAAUCGGCCUUAGAAAGUUCUAAUGAGGCUGAAGAAAUUACAGCCUAUUCUCCCAAACAAGCAGGAAGCCCUGCAGAGAGUGAUGGAGGGUCAACAUGGCAAUCACUGAAAAGACUUGUCACCCCGAAAAGGAGAGCCAAGGAUGAAGAUGAAAGCAAAGACAAUGUACAGUCUGAUAGUGAAGUUUCUCAUGAUGAGUCCUCCUUUUCAAUAAAGAAACUUCUUCCCGGACGAAAAAAGAAGAGGCCCACCGAAAAGCAAGACCAAGUAUCUUCAGAUGAGGCUGAUAAGGAUGUAGCUUCUGGUGAUGAUGAUUCAGAGACACCUGCUGUGGUUCCAUUGUCUGAGUUUGAUGCAACUGAGACAGAAGUUCACAUACAAACACAGGCCGAUAUAGAAAGUCAUAUACCCAAAGAAGCAGCCUAUGAACUACAGAAAGACCUCCUUGAUCAGAUGGCCGAACCAGUCCUACCUUGUGACAGUCUGCAACCCGAAGCAAAUAAAGUCCAAGAAAAUGAUGAUGCUUUAGAAAAUAAGGCAUCUACAACCCCUGCUUCAAAUGAAGAACCUGACGAUCUUACAGAAUCAAUCAGUAAACCACAACUCAGCGACAUUCCCGAGGAGGCCACUCCAGCUUCAGCCACAGAGGAGGCAGCUAGAGAUGACACCAUAGCAGAGGACCUGAUAGAGAUUACAUCGGAGGCCUUUACUGCACCAGAACCCUUAGACAUUACCCCAGCAGAUGAAACUGAGAUGAUCUCUGCAGUAUCCCAGUUAUCUUCAGAGUCUUCAAAAACAUCUGGCAACACAACACCAGUCCCAGCAGAGUAUGACAUCAUGGAAACAGAUGUGCUCCUGCAUCAGGUUGUUGAAACCAUCUCCAUAAGCCAAAAGGCAAUUCCAGUUUGUUCAGAUGAGCUAGGACAUGAAAGCACAGUUGUAUCUGUUUCAGAUCAAAUACUCGAAACAUUUGUAAAAGAAGAGCCAACAAUCGUAGAAACACAAAGAGAAAUGGCUACCAGUGCCAUUAACACAGAUGUGAAUGUACAAGAAGUGGACGCAAUCAAUGAACUUGCAGCUUCCACCCAAACAGACAGCACAUCUGAAGUCAAUGACUCUGUUUCCACAGAAAUUAUAUCUGAAGUUCCCACUGAGGAGUUUGAGACGGCUGAAAUUGCUGUUGAUGAAGUAAAUGAUGUCAACGUUAUAUAUCAGGAAGAUAGCUUAAAAGAAUUAGAAAGUAUUGAUGAGUCCCAUCAUCUGGUCGAAUGUCUUUCUGAGGUAAAUGCAGUCAUGUCUACAGAUAUAUCUCCUGAAGGUGACAAAAUUGCCCCAGAUGAUUGUUCUCUAGAUGUGGCAAAUCAAGCUGAAAUGGAGCUCCCAAAAAUAUACUUCAAAGAGGCAGAAUCAGCUGCAACAGUAGCUGGUGAAACUACGAAUGGAGCUAUGGGGCAUGAUGUCCAAACUCUGACAGAAAAGGAGGAUGUGAUCAUGCACAAUAUCACAGAACAAAUUCAAACAGAGGACAAAGAUCAAACACCAAUAGAGAUGAAAGAGUUGCAAGAAUUAGCAACUGUACAAGCUGCCACAUUAGAUUCAGUCAAGGCUAGUGUUCAAAUGCUUGAAGAGGACAUUAUAUUAGAGGGCAUACCAGGAGCCGAAACAGCAACACAUGAACUCAAAGAGGAAAAAGUGCUAACUGAAGUCAGUGCUGAGCCAGAAAAGGAAGAUGAACUUGAAACAGAUGCUGCUGAAACUGAACAUGUUCAAGUACCAGAAAAAUAUGACGUCAUGCAGGCCUCCAUAUGUGAUUCAGAGGCGGGCAGCAUUCACUCAUUUGAAAAACUGGUCUUACCAGAGGACUUUCCAGAAGAACAAACAGUUACAGAUGAACUCCAAGAGGAAAAAAUACAUCUCUAUGAGGCCAAUCUUGAGCCACUGGAUGCUUCAAAAACUGAACAUACUCAAGACCCUGAAGUAUUACAAGCUAUACAAGCAGUCACAUUUGAUUCAGAAAAGGGUAGUGUGCAAUCGCUGGAAAAGAACAAAACAUCAGAGGACAUCCCAGCAGCUGAAACAGAUACAUAUGAACUCAAAGAGGAGACAGUGCUAACUGAGGUCAGUGUUGAGCAAGAAAAGGAAGAUGAACUAGAAUCAGAUGCUGCCAAACCAGAGAAAGUUAAAAUAUCAGAACUAUCAGAAGUUGUGCAAGCCUCAAUAUUAGACUUAGUGAAUGAUAGUGUUCAAUCACCAGAAGAGGAAAUAAAAUCAGAGGACAUUCAAGCAGUGGAAACAUUUAGAGAUGAACCGCAGGAGAAAGCAAUCUCUCCUACUGAAGUCAAUCUUGAGCCACUGGAUGCUUCUAAAAUAGAGCAUACUGAAGAACCAGACAUAUUAUUACAAGCUGCCACAUUAGAUUCAGAAGAGUGUAGUGUUCAAUCACUUGAAAAGGAUGUAAAAUCAGAGGACAUCCCAGCAGUCGAAACAGUCACAUAUGAACACAAAGAGGCAUCAGUGAUAACCAAAGUCAAUGCUGGGCCAGCAAAGGAAGGCGAACUAGAAACAGUUGUUGCUAAACCUGAACAAAUUCAAGUACCAGACGCAUCAGAAGCUGUGCAAACCUCCACAUUAGAUUCAGAAGAGGUUAGUGGUCAAUCACCAGAAGAGAAAGUAAAAGUUGAGGACAAUCCAUCAACAGAAACACCUACAGAUGAACCCAUACAGUCUGCAGAACAUCUAACUGAAAUCAGUGUUGAGGCAGAAAACAAAAAACUACCAGUGAAUGUUGUCAAAAUGGCUCAAGACCCAGAAGCAUUAGAGGCUGUUCAAGCAACCACAGAUUCAGAGGAAGGCAGUGUUCAACCACUUGAAAAAGAGCAAGUUGAUGCUUUCAAAUCUGAACGUGCUGAAGAACCAGAGGUAUUACAAGAUGAGCAAGCAGCGACAUUAGAUUCAGAGAUGGGUAGAUGUCUAACAAUUGAAAAGGAAGUAAUAUCAGAGGACAUACCAGCAGUCGAAACAGUCACAUAUGAACACAAAGAGGCAUCAGUGAUAACCAAAGUCAAUGCUGAGCCAGCAAAAGAAGAUGAACUAGAAACAGUUGUUGCUAAACCUGAACAAAUUCAAGUACCAGAUGCAUCAGAAGCUGUGCAAGCCUCCACAUUAGAUUCAGAAGAGGUUAGUGGUCAAUCACCAAAAGAGAAACUAAAAUCAGAGGACAUUCCACCUCCAGAAACAGAUGAGCCCAAUCAGACAGCAGAUAAUCUCACGCAAGUCAGCAUUGAGACAGAAAACAAAGAAGUACCAGUGAAUGCCUUCAAAAUUCUUCAAGAACCACAUGAACUGAAAGCUGUUCAAGCACCCAAAGAUUCAGAGGAGGGCACUGUUCAUCCACUUGAAAAAGAGGUCAUAUCAGAAGAUGUUCCAGAAGCAAAAACAUUUACAGAUGAGCCUACAGAGGAAACAAUGCCUCUCGCUGAAGCCAAUAUUGAGCCAGUGGAUGCUGACAAAUCUGAACAAGUUCAAGUACCAGAAGCAUCAGAAGCUGUGCAAACCUCCACAUUAGAUUCAGAGGAGGGCAGUGUUCAAUCACCGGAAGAAAAAGUAAAAUUUGAGGACAAUCCACCAGCAGAAACACCUACAGAUGAACCCAUACAAAUUACAGAACGUCUAACUGAAAUCAGUGUUGAGGCAGAAAACAAAAAACUACCAGUGAAUGCUGUCAAAAUGGCUCAAGACCCAGAAGCAUUAGAGGCUGUUCAAGCAACCACAGAUUCAGAGGAGGGCAGUGUUCAACCACUUGAAAAAGAAGUCAUAUCAGGGGAUGAUCCUGAAGCAAAAACAGUUACAGAUGAACCAAAAGAGGAAACAAUGCCUCUCUCUGAACUCCCCCUUGAGCAAGUUGAUGCUUUCAAAUCUGAACAUGUUCAAGAACCAGAGGUGUUACAAGAUGAGCAAGCAGCGACAUUAGAUUCAGAGGUGAGUAGAUGUCUAACAGUUGAAAAGGAUGUAAUAUCAGAGGACAUACCAGCAGUCGAAACAGUCACAUAUGAACACAAAGAGCCAUCAGUGAUAACCGAAAUCAAUGCUGAGCCAGCAAAAGAAGAUGAACUAGAAACGGUUGCUGCUAAACCUGAACAAAUUCAAGUACCAGACGUAUCAGAAGCUGUGCAAGCCUCCACAUUAGAUUCAGAAGAGGUUAGUGGUCAAUCACCAGAAGAGAAAGUAAAAUUUGAGGACAAUCCAUCAACAGAAACACCUACAGAUGAACCCAUACAGACUGCAGAACAUCUAACUGAAAUCAGUGUUGAGGCAGAAAACAAAAAACUACCAGUGAAUGCUGUCAAAAUGGAUCAAGACCUAGAUGUGUUAGAAGAUAUACAAGCAGCCACAGAUUCAGAGGAGAGCAGUGUUCAACCACUUGAAAAAGAGCAAGUUGAUGCUUUCAAAUCUGAACAUGCUCAAGAACCAGAGGUAUUACAAGAUGAGCAAGCAGCGACAUUAGAUUCAGAGGUGGGUAGAUGUCUAACAAUUGAAAAGGAAGUAAUAUCAGAGGACAUACCAGCAGUCGAAACAGUCACAUAUGAACACAAAGAGGCAUCAGUGAUAACCAAAGUCAAUGUUGAGCCAGCAAAAGAAGAUGAACUAGAAACAGUUGCUGCUGAAAUCAGUGUUGAGGCAGAAAACAAAAAAUUACCAGUGAAUGCUGUCAAAAUGGCUCAAGACCCAGAUGCAUUAGAGGCUGUUCAAGCAACCACAGACUCAGAGGAGGGCAGUGUUCAACCACUUGAAAAAGAAGUCAUAUCAGGGGAUGAUCUUGAAGCAAAAACAGUUACAGAUGAACCAAAAGAGGAAACAAUGCCUCUCACUGAACUCCCCCUUGAGCGAGUUGAUGCUUUCAUAUCUGAACACGUUCAAGAACCAGAGGUGUUACAAGAUGAGCAAGCAGCGACAUUAGAUUCAGAGGUGGGUAGAUGUCUAACAAUUGAAAAGGAAGUAAUAUCAGAGGACAUUCAAGGAGUGGAAACAGUUACAGAUGAAUCCAAACAGGAAACCAAAGUAAGGGCUGAACCAGAAGAAAAACUACCAUUGGAAGCUGCCAAAAUGGAACAUGCUCAAGAACAACAAAUAUUACAAGCAGUACAAACAGCGUCAGCUGAUUCAGAGAUGGGUUGGCUUCUACCACUUGCAGAGAAAGUAAUAUCAGAGGAUAUUCAAGCAUUGGAAAAAAUUACAGAUGAACUGGAAGGGGAAGCAAUGCCUCACACUCAAGCCCAACCCGAGUCACUGGAUGCUUCCAAAACUGAAAAUAUUCAAGAAUCAGAAGUAUUACACGCUGUACAAGCCUCCACAGUAGAUUCAGAGGAAGGUUGUUGUCUAUCACUUGUAAAGAAAGUUAAAUCAGAAGAUAUUCCAGCAGUGGAAACAGUUACAGAUGAAUCCAAUCAGGAUACUGAGGUAAGGGUUGAACCAGAAAAAAAACUACCAUUGGAAGAUGCCAAAAUGGAACAUGCUCAAGAGCAACAAAUACUACACGCAGUACAAACAGAAACAGCUGAUUCAGAGGUGGGUAGGCUUGUACCACUUGCAGAGAAAGUAAUAUCAGAAGAAAUUCAAGCAGUGGAAAAAAUUACAGAUGAAUCGGAAGAUGAAGCAAUGCCUCAAACUCAAGUCCAACCCGAGUCACUGGAUGCUUCCAAAACUGAAAAUAUUCAAGAAUCAGAAGUGUUAAAAGCUGUACAAGCCUCCACAGUAGAUUCAGAGGCAGGUAGCUUUCUAUCACUUGAAAAGGAAGCAAUAUCGAAGGAUAUUCUAGCAGUGGAAAUGGUAACUGAUGAACAUAAAGAGGAAAACAUGCCUUUCACUCAAGUCGAGCUUCAGCCAGUGGAUGCUUCAAAAACUGAGUAUGUUCAAGCGACCCAUGUACCUGAAAAGGAAGUAAUUUCAGAGGAUAUUCUAGCAUUGGGAACAGUUACAGAUGAGCCCAAACAAGAACAGGAAGUCAAUUUUAUGUCGAAAGAAAAACUACCAGCAGAGGCUGCCCAAACUGAACAUGUUCAAGAACCACAAGCAUUAUCAUCUGAUGUAAAAGGCAUUGCAACUGAAACCAAAACUGAGGAAGGGUCAUCAAUGUAUGGGCAUGUAGUCACAGAAAAUGUUGAUGGAAGCACUGCUCAGGAACUUAAGACGCAAAAAUGGUUGGAAAAUGUUUCCAAAAAAAAUGCAGACAAUGUCAUUGCUUCAGUUACAGAUAAAAUUGAGACUCAAGUUGUGGCACAAUUGGAUCACUCUUUCGAGAAAACAGCGUAUCAGAAAAAAGAGAGAAUCCCACAAGAUAUGGAGCAGGAAGAUGGCAUCCCCGACGGUGUAGAUGAGUUACAAACAUUAACAGCAGUUUUUGUGUCCUCUGUUAACGAGGACGCAAGUAAUAGUCAGGCUCUAGAAAAGACUGUAUUUACAGAAGACACCCCAACAACCGGUGUAGACAAUACUGCAGUUAUAAAUGAACCCAAACAUGCGGUGCAAGUCUGUGAUGAGGGAGAAAAAGAGAGUGAGCUUGCAGUCACUGUGACAAAGACUGCUGCAGAUGAGCAUGCCAUGGUAAUGCAAGUAGUCGUAUGUGAACUCAGAGAUGUCUCAGCUGCAGUUUCUGAUGUCUUGAUAGACGACACAUCAGUCAUUACUGAACCCUUCAUAGACAGAGUAACAAGUGAGCUGGAGUACGAGGAGGAAGUUGAGGCCACCACACCAUUAGAGAAAGAUGAUGUAGCUGAAGCAGCAAAGGAAGGCAGCGAAGUUGAGAUGAUGUAUGUGCCAUCAGUAGAGUUUGAGGACAAUUGCAGAAUCCAAGUGCAGGUGGUCGAUGUUGAUGUAAAAUUAGCUGAGGCGAUUGUGGAAACUGUGCUAGAGGCGGGCGUAACAAAGGCCAAAGAAGUCAUCCAUGUUUGUUAUGAAACUGCUGAAAAAGUAGAUAGUCUUUCCACAACUAUCGAGAAUGAAGAGGAAUUAAGGACCGAGGAAAACAAAGUGACCAUUCAGGAAGUUACUCAACAUGUAAAGGAGAACUUAUUUGAGAUGGUACCUGAAUUGGAUGUUGACAAUUUGGAACAAGAAGGUAUAAAACAGCAAGAUGCUGUGAAAAAAGUGACUGAGACAGGUGAAAGUGAAUCAAAUGAAACGGAGGACCAAAAAGCAAAGGACGAAAGUAUUGCAACAUUCAAGGACAGACAUGAGGAAGCACCUGCUGUUAUCAGUGAAGACUCUGGGAGUGAACAGAAAGUACCCGAGGAUCUUGCGCAAACACUAGGAAAUUCAGAUGUCUCUAUCCACGAUCAAAAAGAUGAUUCAGAGGAAACUAAAUCGCAACAGGAAAAGUCAGAAGCAGUCACAGCAGAAGAGAUGAAAUUGUCCUCAGAGAAAUUAAAUGUGGAAGAAGUUAAUGAAGCAGCACAAAUUACACAAAGUCCACCUGCAACACCUUGCGACUCUGUAUUAUUAGCACCCCAAAAUACUGGAAUAAUCUCAUCAACAGGUCAUGUGGAGUCCCCUUCAAGUCUUUCUUUUGAAUUCAAAUUUAAUGUACAGUUUGGGCAAACAAAGGCUCCAACAUCUCCGCCACAGACAACAGAGACAGAAGUGUCUGACGUCAGAGUUCAGCUCAAAUCAACAGAGAAAGUAAUCUCCGAUGUCCAACAACCAGAACAACAAACGAAGAAAAGAGAAGUGCUCCUGACUCAGACAGUACUCUCUGAAACUGAUGGUGAAGAAACAAAAACAGAGGCGCAUGUUACACCAAAAGAGGAGGAAAAUGACCAAGAUGUGUGGAUGGAUGCUGAGGAAGACAUUUAUACUCAAGAGGAAACAGAGCUGCCCGUUAAUAAGGAAAAGGAAUCUCUUGAAGAACAGACAGAAGGAAAGCAAGAUGAAAACACUGGACUUGAGCAGGAGUUUGAAAUGGCUCCCGAUUCUCAGGCUGAGGAGGAAAGUCAACAGGAAAUGCACAAAACAGUGGGAACAAGUGAAGUUGACAGUGAAGGUGAAGAUUUUGCUGUUGCACUUGAGCAUCCUGAAACUGAAAUUACGAGCGUCACUACAAUGGAGUGAAAUGAAAACCCAGUGAACUUCAGUUUCACAACCCGGUUGGACAAUCAGGAUGGAAACCACUCAAGUUUGUAAGAAGUUUUCAAAAAGCCAUUAAAGAGGAGCACUGACAGUGCUGGAAGAACACUACAGGACAGCAUUUUGCUGAAUUUAUUUAACAUUAUAUUUAACCUCAAAUAUGCUGAUGAUUACUGGUGUACUGAUUUGUAAUUUUGUUUUAUUGUUAUAAAGUGUGUGAUAAGUGAGAGAGAUCUAGCAAGAGAAGUGCUAAUCAGCUCAGGGGGCAUGCAGUGUGAUUCUAGAGGUUUGACAGUGAACUAAAUCCAUUAUGCAAUGGCGCAUUUCAAUUAAUCGUUGUUCGCUAUAUAGUGCAUUUUUAUUACUAAUAAUGUUUUGCAAAGAUCCCUCUUGAUCUUUUUCUGAGAUGAAUGUACAAGUCUAAAAGAAUAAGACCAGUUUUACUCUUCAAAAACAUUUCUGUAGUAAUUCAUAAUCAAUGCAACCCAGCUGACAGAUGUUUAUUUCCCUUGACACAAAAUGAUACCACUAGUAUAUUUGCAUAAGUAGAUAUUUCACAGCAUUUAUUAUGUAUCAUCUGUUUAUUAAGUGUUUUGUUGUUAAUUUUUUUGUUUAAUCAUCUCAGUUAAAUACAUGUUCCUAUUGGAUCUAUACAGGUGAAAACAGGGGCAGAUCUGAGCAUACUAGCAUUACUGUAUAUUAUCUUGUACAUAAUUAUUGUUUUAAUGCUUAUACUGGCAGAAAUAUGCUUAUUUUGAAUCUGCAAGAAUUUCUACUGUGACGAGUUUUAAUAAGAUGAAAGCAUGGCACAUCUUGCUUUUUUUAAGUAAUAUUUUUGAUUUCACAUAUGUAUUAAUCAUUAAUACAAUUAUAAUCAGCAAAGCCUUAAACAAUGAUGGCAGCUUUAUUUGUCCUGUUUUAUUUCCCAGCUGUUUGUGGGUUAUGACAGGCUGUUUUUCCCCACAUAUAUUGACUUUUAUUAAAAAAUUCUUGCUGAUCUGUUAACUAAUAACAAAAUGCAAAACAUAAG